AUGCCAACCAUCUUCUCGAAGCUUUGGGUCCCUGCUGCCUUUGCUUUUGGCACUCAGAUCGCUGCAGCCUCAAUAUUCGUUCCGCUGAAGAGCGAGAAGUAUUACGAUUUCCUGGGAGGAACCGGUCACAUCAUUGCUGCCGGUAUCUCGCUCUAUGGGCCGACUCUAUACCAACACCUCGCGGCCUCGAAGCCUUUGGCUACAUACCGCUUCCCCGCUCUAUCGACAUUUGCACCGAGGCAACUCGUCAUUACCGCGGCAUUUGGCUUUUGGGCCGCACGACUUGCCGUCUUCCUCUUCCAUCGCAUAAGCAAAGAAGGAAAGGACUCUCGCUUCGACCAAAUCAAGCAAAACGCACCUCGGUUCUUCAUGGCCUGGGUCAUCCAAGGCGCAUGGAUCUCAAUCGUUGGACUUCCUGUGUGGCUCACCAAUGCCGUCCCUGGCGUCCUCACUCGUCCUUGGGGACGUCCAGAUGUCGCGCUUCUCGGAGCUGCUGCCCUCUGUUUGGGCACCGAGAUGCUUGCCGACUACCAAAAGUCGGCAUGGAGAGCGGAGAAGAACCAAGGCAAGCAUCAAGAGAAAUUUAUCAACAGAGGAUUAUGGUCACUUUCGAGGCACCCCAACUACGUUGCAGAGAUAGGACUUCAUACAUGUAUCUGGGGACUUGCAACUCGCUCUUUGUACGCGCCAGGUGUACCUGGAAUUGCUGUGGCAAUAGCUGCCACCUCGCCCCUCUUCACCUAUUACAUUCUUCGCUAUCUUAGUGGUGUACCCCUUCUGGAGCGAGCUGCGAACAAGAAAUGGCGCGACGAUCCCAACUGGAAGCACUACAAGCAAACUACUCCCGUAUUCUGGCCAUGGGCACGAAUCUACGACUGA